AUGCUCGUGCUGAGUAAGAAUGCUACCGAUGCGGAGCUGCAAGUUCUUCUCCAUGAGCUCCAUCCGACGGCGCUGAAGACCAAUCCAAGCAUGGGCGAGGUGCCCAUUGUGGAAGGGCGCUUGUCAGACACUGAGCUCCAGGCGCUGCUGGAGAAGCACCCUGGGCGCGUCGAGUUUGUCGAAGAGGAUGAGAAAGAGAAGAAGAUCUGGGAAUCCCUCGACGAAAACGACGGUCCAAUGGAGCGGCGUGCCUACCCAUGGGGCAUCCAGUCCAUUAAUGCGCACGUGAAUCGGGGGCGUGGCGUGGGCGUGAACGUGUACGUCCUGGACACCGGCAUUCACACAUCCCACAUACUAUUCGGUGGCCGGGCCUUCGCAGGAGUUGACGUGGGCACCACAGGGAGUUUCACAUUGUGCGCUCCAAGCAGCACAACGUGCGCUGCGGAUUUCAAUGGGCAUGGCACCCACUGCGCAGGAACGGUAGGGGCCGCGCUAUAUGGCGUCGCGGAUGGAGCGACCAUUUGGGCAAUGAAGGUCCUCGACGACAACGGCGAAGGCUACACCUCUUGGGCCAUUCUAGCGCAGCAGUGGAUUUAUUCGUCUGGUUUGAGGCCAGCAGUGGUCAGCAUGAGUCUCGGAGGUGCUGGCACCAGCGUCGCGGAACAGCUCUCGAUCGACGCGUUGGUGGCUGACGGCGUGACCGUGGUGGUGGCCGGAGGGAACCAGAACCUGGAUGCGUGCGGCUACACUCCAGCGAACGUCGCCUCGGCGAUCACGGUCGGAGCUUACGGCGGGACUUCGGGCUCGUCAUCAGCCAUGUCUCCCUUCAGCAAUUACGGCGCCUGCAUCGACGUCUGGGCGCCUGGCACGUUCAUCCUCUCGACGUACAUUGGCAGCAACGAUGCGCUUGCCCACGGCUCGGGCACGUCCAUGGCGUGCCCCCACGUCGCCGGCCUCGCGGCCAUGAUGUACGAGGCGCACCCCUCGGCGGGAUCCAUGACCGCCUCGCAGAGGUGGGAUCUCAUGACGGCCUCCAACCGCACAGGCUGGGUCACGGGACUUCCGCCGGCUGGCACCUGGGGUGGACUUGCCGCGGUUGGGGAGUCUGUCAAUCUGGUGGCCUUGGCGCCUGCGCCGACCAGCGCCCCGACACCCCCGCCGACGCUCUUGGCCACGUCCUCGCCGACACUCUUGCCCACACCCUUGCCAACAACCUCGCCGACACCCUCGCCGACACCCUUGCCAACGGCAUUGCCAACGGCCUUGCCGACACCUUUGCCGACACCGUCGCCGACACCCUUGCCAACGGCCUCGCCGACACCCUUGCCGACACCCUUGCCGACGGCCUUGCCAACGGCCUUGCCGACACCUUUGCCGACACCGUCGCCGACACCCUUGCCAACGGCCUCGCAGACACCCUCGCCGACACCCUUGCAAACGGCCUCGCCGACACCCUCGCCCACAUCCGCAGCGUCAGCGCCGCUACCAAGCUCAGGUGGAGUAUCCGGCACGGGUGACCCUCAUCUCGCCAACAUGUUCGGCGAGCGUUUUGACCUCUACCGCACUGGCCUGAAUGUCCUCUUGCAGAUACCGCGAUGGGUUGGCCCGCAGCAGACGUUGCUACUCCUGGAGGCUGACACAAGGCGCAUGGGUGGUACGUGCUCUGACGUGUAUUUCCAGGUUGUGAAAAUAUCAGGGGCUUGGACAAACCAUACAGAUGCACUCGAGUUCUUCGCAAAUCCUAGCGAACAUCACCCGAGCAGCCUGAUGUGGACGCGUUUUGGAAAGGUCGAAUUAAAGGUGGCAAACGGUAAGACUCGUGAGGGUAUCGAUUACCUCAACGUCUUCGCACGAAACCUUGGCAAUACUGGUUAUUCGGUCGGCGCGGGGUCGGUGGACUGGGGGAAGACGAUCACGGAGACGUGA